AUGAGCGACCAGGCCAGUGAUCGUCCCAAGGUCCAGUUAUCACAGGGCCUUGUUGUCGGUCUCACCUUGAAAGAAGGCCUGCCUCGCGCAGUUGAUGCAUUCCGUGGCGUCCCAUAUUGUCUUCCUCCGACCGGCGACAGGCGCUUCCGAGCCGCAGCAAAGGUGCCAGACUCUCCAGAUUCAGUAAUAGAUGCUUCAGCGUAUGGCCCAGCAGCCCCCGGGAAGCCUCUGUUAGCAGGGGGCCCCAAGCUCAAGUAUAGCGAAGACUGCCUCACUGCCAAUGUAUUCCGUCACCAGGGGGUGAAGGAGGGUGCUCUACUUCCUGUAGCGCUCUACAUUCACGGCGGAGCGUUCAAUCGAGGCACAGCAAGCAUGCACAAUACUGCAUCUAUGGUUGCUAACUCCGAAGAGCCUUUCAUCGCCGUUUCGUUCAACUACCGCAUUGGCGCCUUGGGAUUCCUGCCCUCGACCGUCGCUGCGAAGGAGGGGGUUCUCAAUCUCGGUUUGAAGGAUCAAAUUGUGAUGAUGGAGUGGGUGAGAGACAACAUCAAAAGUUUCGGCGGCGACCCAAAUAUUGUCACUCUCAUUGGCCUUUCGGCUGGUGCGCACUCAAUUGGACAUCACCUCAUGAACUUCAAAGAAGGAGAGGCGCCUCUUUACCACCGCGUCGUCAUCGAAUCCGGCGCACCGACUUCGAGGGCCGUACGUCCAUAUGACGCCCCAAUUCACGCUCAGCAAUUCCAAGAUUUCCUCCAAGAAUUAGGAUGCCCCAAGGAAACACCAGAGGAUAAAGUUCUCACAUUCUUAAGAAGUGUGUCAUACGAUGCCAUUACCGCCGCCCAAACAAAGGUUUUCGACGCGUACAACCCGUCUCUCCGAUGGGCAUGGCAACCUGUCAUUGAUGGAGACACAAUUCCUCGACCACCCUUGGAAACAUGGAAGUCAGGGGAGUGGCACAAGGUCCCGAUCAUGACAGGAUUCUGCCGAAAUGAAGGCUCUUUGUAUGUGGACAAGCAGAUGUCCGAGCCAUCGCAGUUCACAUCAUUCUUCGCUGAGCUUCUGCCUCUUCUGAACGAAUCCGAAAUCAAAAUCCUUGAAGAUCUUUAUCCAGACCCUUCCAAGGAUCCGAAUUCAUACUACAAGGAAACAAGAGAAGGAGUAGGAGCUCAGUACAAGCGAGUUGAGGCUGCGUAUGCCAACUACGCAUACGUAGCGCCAGUUCGACAGACUGCAGAAUUUGCAUCUGCCGCGAGUGAUGCUCCAGUAUAUUUAUACCAAUGGGCAUUGGAGUCUGGCGUCAUUGACGGUGCUCGCCAUGGAGACAACAUGAAAUAUGAGACUGUCGACCCCAGCGUAGCAGAUCGAUCCGAGUCACUGAAGCUCACCGCCCAAACGACCAAUGACUACAUUGUAAGUUUUGUCAUUAUGGGAGAUCCAAAUGCCGUCAAGGGAGGAAACCCAAACCGGCCAAUUUGGGAAAGAUAUCGGCCGGAUGCACCCAAAGCCAUCGCGUUUGGUGCUGAGAACAAGGAGCUUGUUGGCGGUUCUUCUGGUCCCCCAGCUGCUCUGUUAGAUGAUACUUGGAUGAAAGAAGAAUCAGUGUUCUGGUGGAGCAAGGUUGAGCUAUCACAACAAUAG